UAAAAGUAUAUGGGAUAAGCUUUGGAAUCUUGCUGUAAUAAGAAUAAAAAUAUUGUAAAAUCAAGUGUAGCUCUUUCAAACUAGAGUUUGGAUGAGCGGAUUGAAAUUACAGAAGAAUUAAUUCAAAAAUUAAAAUAAUAAUUAUGUGAUGUCAAAAAGAAAUUAGGAGAUCUUCAGGUCUAAAAUUCAUUCAAUAUUACAUAAAAUGAUGUUUGGCCAAUUAAAGUAUUUAUAAAGUAAUAAUUAGUUAUUAGGAAGGGGAUCAUUUGGAAAAGUAUAUUUAGUCAAAAUUAAAGAUAAGCUAUAUGCUAUGAAAUAGAUUAAAAAAAAGCUAAUAUUAAAGAAAUAACAAUUAGAAAAUUUGCUUUGUAAAUUAUAUAAAUAUGAUUUUAGAUGAAAGAUUCAUAUUGUAAAAAUAUGAUCAUCCUUUUAUUAUAAAAAUGUAUUUUGUUUAUCAAGAGCCUUUAUUUAUCAACAUGGUUAUGGAAUUUGUAUAAGGAGGAGAAUUAUUUUAUCAUUUGAAUAAACGAAAAAAGUUUGAUUAAAAAACGACUGCUUUUUUUGCUUCUUAAAUAGUAUUGGCACUUGAAUUUUUACAUGAAACAGUUGGAGUUGCUUAUAGAGAUCUGAAGCCUGAAAAUGUUUUGCUCUGUAAAGAUGGUUACAUAAAAUUGGCAGAUAUGGGUUUAGCAAAGGAUAAUAGUGAAUUAAAUUAUUCAUUUUGUGGUACUGCUGAAUAUUUAGCACCUGAGAUGAUAGAGGGUAAAAUUUAAUUUAAGAAUAAGAGAAGGGACAUAAUUCAUCAGUUGAUUUUUGGACUUUAGGCUGUAUUAUUUUCGAAAUGCUUUUUGGUCAUCCUCCAUUCUAAGAUGAAAAUAAGAAAAAUUUAUAUAUCAAGAUCUAAACAGGAGAAUACAAGUUUCCACCAAAAGCAAGCGAAUCAGCAUAAUCUCUUAUUAAAGGAUUAUUGUAAUAUCAUCCUGAAGAAAGAUUAACUUUUUAAUAGAUUAAAUAACAUGAAUUUUUUAAUGAAAUAGAUUUUGAUUAAAUAUAUUAAAAGAAAUUAAAGCCACCAUUUGAACCUUUAUUGACAACUGAAAAAGAUACGAGAAAUUUCGAUUAUGUAUUAGAGAGCUAAUUGAAAUAAUCAGAAAUUCCAAAUAUACCUUAAGCAUAAGAAUUAUUUGAAGACUUUCCUUAUUUGGUGAAAAAGUAAUUAUAAUUUUGA